UGCGCGCGGAAACCACGAUGUCCGCAGGCGUCUCUGUUGACCAGGUGACCGCCGGUUCGUUCAAAACGUCGCUCGACAGUCGUUCCCUAAGCCGCGAAACGGAGAGCCGGCAAGCGCGAGAACUCUCGCCAAGCGCACUUUUCCCGGUUUCGGUCUUUAUAAACUUUUUACUUAAAUCAUACUGACAUGAUUCGAUAUCUAUGAAAGUUGCAGUGUUUUCCAGAGACGAUACUUAUACUUGGGCUGAUAUUUCCAAAAGCAGAUAAUUUUGCUGGCUCAUCAUAGCAUACUUUGAUAUGACAGGGGCUAUAUAUGAAGAAAUUAUUGAGCUUUGAACUUUCCAGUAACUGUCGCUCCUUAAUAAACAAAUAAUGUAGAACCUCGAAAACUACAACGGUAAUCCCGGACUCUUCCUAAUAUCUCGAAGAUGCUUCAUAGAAGUACGUCUUCAAGGAGAAGACGGGCCUCUAGGUCUGCAGCUUCAUCACCUGCUCAGAACAGGAGUUCUGGUAGUAGAUCUGCUGCCACUAGUCCAGGUCGAAGGGCAAGUAUCGCCGUCUCUCCGAUAGAUGGAAAUAGAACAGCAGGCUUAAUACCACCUGAAGUAAGUCGCAGUCCUAGACACAGUAUUAUACCGGAUAUUGCUCUUAUGGAAUCUAGAGAAGACAGGGAAAGAAGUGAUGAGAUAGAGGAACCUACGUGUAACAGAUCCCCUCGGCACUCUUUGAUUCCUGACAGUGCUCUGAGUCCAAGAAACAGUUUAGUACCAGAUUCGACACGCUCUCCAAGACAUAGUUUAGUGCCGAGUGAUUUAAGAAGUCCUAGGAAUAGUUUAGUACCAGAUUCAGCAUUAUCUCCAAGGAACAGUUUAAUUCCCGACCAAUAUAACAGGAGUCCAAGGAACAGUCUUGUUCCAGACCAAAAUCGAACUCCAAGGCACAGUUUAACCCCCGAAUCAAACAACUAUGGAUCAAGAUUAAAUUUAUCAGAAUACAACCGUAGUCCUAGAAACAGUUUAUUGCCAGAUGGUUCUAGAACACCUAGGCAGGCGUUAACUCCUUCGGAAUCAACAACAUGGAAUGAAGAAGUUAAAUGUAGCCCUAGACACAGCAUAACUCCAGAAAUAAAUAGGAGUCCAAGAGGAAGUAUAGCACCAGAGGUAUUAUCACAUCGUACUAGUCCAAGAGGUAGCAUUACAGGAGAAUAUGGUCCAGAGCAGAGAAGCCCACGGGGAAGUAUUGGACCCGAAAAUGGAUGCGAUCCGAAUAGGAGUCCAAGGGGAAGUAUUGCUACUAGAAACAAUUUAGCAGCUGAUGUGCGCAGCUCAAGGGGCAGUCUAACAUUAACCUUUCAAGAACCUCCGGUUAGUGAACGCAGAUCCAGUGCAGAUAACCCUUCAGGUCCCCGAGGGAGAAGCUCGUCUCCUUCGUAUCGCACAUCCUCUAGGGGAAACAUAAACGUGGGUUACAGUGGAAACAGCGGCUUUGAAAGUAGCGGUUCACGUCGAGCUAGUAGUUCGGUUAGUCAGGUGGGGAUCUCGCAGGUCUCCGGUGACGAACAGCGGCGUCUCUGCGCAGACCAGAAGUAUUCAGCAGAAACUGGACAAGGACUCGGUCUUGGAUUGAGUCUUACCACCUACGGAUCGGUUGCCUAUCAGCUAAAAGAUGCCAAUUUGGAAGCCAGCGGCACCUGUGACUUUGUCUGCAAGGCACUAAAAAUCGUCAAUAAAACUAUUGUAGUGACCAUUAUCUUGGUUUGUCUCUCCAUCCUUCCUUUAAUUAUGCUAAUAAUGGGAAUACAAUUUCUGCGUGACUGUCCUAGAGAGCCCAAUAUACCAAUUUAUAUGGUAGUUGGUGGAAGUCUAGGAUGUGUUAAGAUGGGCUUAACGUUAUGGAAUCAACUUCAUUCUCGACAUAUGGAUGCUUCUUCAAUGAAUUCUACAUCAAUUGGUUCAAAGGUAGCUUCGAUCGCAAUGACUAUCCUUUUGAUUAUCUGGUUCGGCCUGGGCAACUAUUGGAUCCUGCGAAUAAGAUGGCCCGACUAUGCACCGACACUCUUCGAACCUAACAAAUGGUGUCACCGUACGCUCUACGUGUUCUCGCUGGUCCACUUAUGCAUAGUUUAUUCCCUAAUCGGUGUGGUGAUAGUGUUAGUGAUAGUGCUCGCCUCUUGUCAGAUUUUGGGAAGCCCGUGGCUCGGUCCUACGAGAUAUAAAUAGCAAAGCCCGCCCGAUUACUUCGAGUUAUGGGACGUUCCUAGAACGUAUCAUUAGAAGAAGGAAAUAUACGAUUUAGUAAAAUGUGCUUCCGAUUUAGAUGAGAAAUCCCUUAUAGAUUGUAAUAACUAGAGGCGUGACACAUGAAAUGCCAGUAUUAGCCAGAUAAAGUGAAAAUUGAGUAAGUCAAGAAUUUAUUUAUGUUGUGUUUUAGUAUAAUAAUAGAUAUUUAAUUAAUGUUUUUAUAGAGAUGUGGCGUGGGUGAAUAAAUUACAAUUCCCAUUUUUCAAAUAAUAAAUAUUUUUCUUAAUUUUUAUUCCAUAACGAUUAAACAUAAGAAUAUAUUGUGGAUCAUAAGAAUUGACAAGAACAAAUAUAUUUCGUUCAUUUUAAUUUUGAGUAUAUUUUGAGACCACGAAACGUGUUUGUAAAUUUUUCCAACAAAAGGUGUUUUUUGUUGAUCUUGUGACAAAAAUACCAAUAAGGAAAAAUGGGAACUGUAUCCAUUUCUUUAUAAUAUAAAAUAUAGAAAAAUUUAUGCCAACAAUUCUUAUAAAUUUAUAGAUUUAAGAACAUCUUAAAUUAUGUUAUACCUAUUAUACACAGUGAGUCUUAAAUAAGAGCAGAAAC